AUCAUCUCUUUUCCAAACUCAACCUUCAUUCUUUACAUACAUAUAUACAUAGAUACAAACACACAGACACAUACAUAUAUAUAGUAAGAGUGUUUUGUAGUCCAGGAGCAGAGGAAGCUUAUUAAUGGAGUAUUUCCAUGGAACCCAACAAAACCCAAAACAGUUUGGUAAAUUGCAUAACAAGAAGAGGUUGACACACGAGCAGGUGAGGUUGCUGGAGAGGAGUUUUUGCGGCAACAAGAAGCUUGAACCAGAGAUGAAGGUGCAGCUGGCGAGUCAGCUGGGUUUGCCGCCGAGACGAGUAGCGAUUUGGUACCAAAACAAGCGAGCCAGGUGGAAGACACAGAGCCUUGAGGUGGACUACAACACGCUCCAGGUGAAGCUGGAGAACGCCUUGGCCGAGAAGAGACAGCUGGAGAGAGAUGUGAGGCUGCUGCAGGUGGAGCUCGGCAAAGCUCAGGAGAUGUUGUUUGAAUUCAGCCACCAUAGACAGCAGCAGCAGCAGCACCAACUUAUGCAAUCCCAUCAUCAUCAUCACCAUGUUUAUUCUAAUCCUGAUCAUCACAAUAAUAAUGGUUACACGGUGAUGGUAAACAAUUGUUCCACGAGUAAUUCUUGUGAAGAUCAGGGAUUCAGCUCUAGCUUCCACCACGAUCAGGAUGUGGUGAGCGAUGAGGACUUGCGGCUUGACGAGCUCUAUGCUUGUUUGAUUGGUGCAAAUGGGUCGUCGUCAACAUGAGCUUAAUUUAGUUGAUUAGGACUCAACUCUCUCUCUCCCUCUCCCUCUCCCUCUCUCUCUCUCACAGACAUUAAUAUGUAUACGUAUACAUAUACAUUAAUUAGAUCAUUAAUGUUCGAAGAUUCAAGUCCUGUGAAUUUGGUUUUUCAUUUUUUCUCUUGUCCUUUUCGUUCCUCGGUCAUCCUUUUGUUUUUAGCGUCUCUUAGUUUCUUGGAGUAGAAACCGGUCUGUAGAAGAAGAUCAUCAAAGAAAAGGAAUGAAUUUUCUAAUCCGACAUGUACUAGUGCUGUUUACAGUUAAGAAAGAUAAUCAGUGAAUUAAUUCAUAUAGAUA